AUGAAUUCCGGCUUCCCCGGCGGCUUCCCGGACUUCUUCUCCAGCGGCCGCGCUCUGCCCUCCACCAUGAGCGGCGGUGCUUUCAACGCGAACCUCAACUCCCAGCAGCAAUUUUCCUUCCGCUCGCCGCUCGCAGGGCUCCCACCCGACCGGACGGCCCAGAUCCGCCGACCCGACUUCAUCGGGAAGAGGUCGCUCGCCGAGUUCCAGCAGCAAAAUCAAGGGCUGGGAUUCUAUCCGCGGAACGUGAAGCAGAGGCCCGCCGGCAGCUACCCGGAGAUGUUCUCCGGCAACCCACGGUACGGCCUUUCGAUCCUAAAUCACCACCGCCUGCAGCCCCUGUCAAUAUUAAACAGAAACGGCGGCAAUAAUGGGUCGGUCGGGGCUCCGAAUCAGAUUCCGGGUCCUAACAUGAGGUUAGGUGCGAGUAGUUCGAGUUCGGGUUCAGGCCAGGAGGAGUCUGCCAGAGAUCAGUCGGAAAAGAGCUUGAUGAUGAGCCACAAGCUGCAGGAGCUCGAGAAGCAGCUUCUCGGCGACGACGACGACAGCGACACCGUCGCCUCCGCCGUCACCGACAGCAAGUGGUCUGACGCGAUACAGGGCCUGAUCGGCCCGGACCGAAAGCCCAUCUCCCCUUCUCCGACCUCCUCGUCAUCUUCCUGUUCCUCCACAUCGGCCUCUCCGCCGCUGCCAUGUGCAAAGCAGGCCCUCGUCGACGCAGCCGCCGCGAUCUCCGACGGCCGUCCGGAGGCUGCCGCCGAGAUGCUCGCCCGCAUCCUCCAGCAGGUGGCGAACACGCGGGGGACCCCCGAGCAGCGGCUCGCGGCGUACAUGGCGGCGGCGCUAAUGCCGCGCGUGGGCCCGGCGAGGCCGGCGCCGGAGACCCACGGGAAGGAACACGCGGCGGCGGCGCAGAUGCUGUACGACGCCUCGCCGCCCUUUAAGCUCGGGUUCAUGGCGGCGAACCUGGCCAUCCUGGAGGCCACGGCGGAGCAGGGGCUGGGGAGGAGGAUCCACGUCGUGGACUUCGACAUCGGGCAGGGCGGGCAGUACGUGCACCUGCUCCACGCGCUGGCGGCGAAGGUGAAGGCGGCCGAACCCCCGAUGCGCGACGGCGCGUCUCUGAAGAUCACGGCCGUGGAGGGGCUGGGCCGGAGAAUGGUCAACGCGGUGGCCUGCGAGGGCAGGGACCGGGUCGAGAGGUGCGAGGUGUUUGGGAAGUGGCGGGCCCGGAUGGGCAUGGCCGGGUUCCAGCCAAGGCAGGUGAGUCAGCUCGUGGUGGAGUCGCUCAAGGCGAAGGUGAAUUCGGGGACACGUGGCAACCCAGGAUUCACUGUGAACGAGGAAUCGGGCGGCGUGGCGUUUGGUUGGAAGGGGCGGAAUCUGACGGUGGCGUCUGCUUGGCGUUGA